ACAGGAGGGCUCUGAUGACGUCACCAAGUCACGUGACUAUAGUGCUGGGCUCCCAGUGGGGGGAUGAGGGAAAGGGUAAAGUGGUGGAUUUGUUGGCUGAGAAGGCAAACAUUGUCGCUAGAUGCCAGGGAGGAAACAAUGCGGGGCACACAGUAGUGGUAGGAGAGACACACUACGACUUCCACCUCCUCCCCUCCGGUGUUGUGUAUCAGGACGUGUCCUGUGUUAUUGGUAAUGGGGUGGUGGUGCACGUACCCUCUCUCUUCGAGGAGAUCGACAAGAACAUCGCUAAAGGAUGUGAGGGUAUAACAGAUCGUCUGAUAAUAUCAGACAGAGCCCACGUGGUAGGAGAUCUUCACCAGACAGUGGACGGACUGUACGAGGCUGAGAAACAAGGCAACAGUCUGGGUACUACAAAGAAAGGUAUUGGUCCCACAUACUCUACUAAGAUGCAGAGAACAGGUAUUCGAAUGGCCGACCUGCUAGGGGACCCCGCUCUUCUAAAAGAGAAAGUAUGCGGAAUAGUGCGAGAUUACGCGCUCCGUUUUCCCGAUCAUUCAUUCGACUCAGAGGAGGAGUACAGAAGACUUGAGCUGUUUAUACCUAGGAUUACUCCAAUGAUAAAGGACACAGUACUGUACAUGAACGAGGCACUAAAUUCUAAUAAGAAGAUAUUAGUUGAGGGAGCCAAUGCAGCUAUGUUGGAUAUUGACUUUGGUACUUACCCUUACGUUACCAGUAGUAACUGUACGGUUGGAGGCGUGUGUACUGGACUCGGCAUUCCUCCUACCAAGAUAUCAGAUGUGUUAGGAGUAGUUAAAGCUUACACCACACGAGUUGGAGCGGGAACAUUCCCCACCGAACUAACUGACGAUAUAGGUAACGCAAUGGCUGAUAUUGGACACGAGUACGGAGUAACAACCGGACGUAGACGUAGGUGUGGGUGGCUGGAUCUCAUGGUGCUCAAAUACAGCCACAUGGUUAACGGCUUCACAAGACUAGCAGUUACAAAGCUGGAUAUUCUUGACACUUUUAAAGAGCUGAAAGUGUGUAUAGGAUACAAGUUGGACGGUAAAGAUCUCCUCUCUUUCCCAGCUGAUCACGCCUUGUUGGAGAGAAUUGAACCUGUUUAUACAACUAUCAAGGGUUGGAACUCCCCGACUGUUGACUGCAGAACAUUUGACUCUCUCCCGGAUCAAGCUAAGAAAUAUCUCUCAACUAUCGAGGAGUUUCUAGGUGUCAAAAUUGGGUGGGUCGGAGUUGGGCAGUCACGUGACUCAAUUAUUAUCAUCUGAUGUGUCACGUGAUAAUACUGAUAAGCUCGAUAAGGAAGACACUAUCCGUGGGAGGGCGCUGCAAUUCGUCCCUGUUCUAACCGACAGAACUAAUUUAUUAAUCACCCAUCUAAAUAUCAAAAUUAAUAUCCUUACUUGAUUUGUGCCUGUAUAUUAUGUUAUCAGACUGUUGAUUAACUCAUUAAAUAACUAAUUAAUUAAUUAAAGUACGCUCAUUAUUUGAGUUUCUAUUAUUCAUAAUUAAGUGAUCUGACAAACCUUUCAGUCCAUAAAUUAAUAAUUUUUACAGUUUACAGCAUCGCACCAAUUUUAAGCUUUAGCGAUGGGCUGCCUUCAAAUGAUGCAUAUUCAUAAAUUAUAUUUAUUAUUAUAGUUGUAAGUUCUAGAUUUACGUUUGGGUUAUUAUAACUUGUGUGCAUGUUAGGGGAUAUUAAUGUAAUUAACCAAUUAGCUAAUUAGGUUCUACUUAUAUAUUUGACGGGGUUCAAUUAUUGUAGCUAAGGGUUUUUAUCUUCAUCUUAUAUUCGAGUAUUUGGUUUUUAGGUUGUAAUAUAUUGUUAAAAGUUCUCAUUUCCUUUUUUGUGUGGUUUAAUAAUAAUACGUUUUAUGUCGAAGAUCGUUUUUACA